AUGCCUCAUUGUGCCGUCGAUGGCGACAGUACACUCUUGUACUACGAGGACAGCGGCGUACCCAGUGGAUCGACGGAUUAUGUUACCGUAUUUCUCGUCCACGGCACGAUGUUCUCAAGCGCCAUAUUUCGACCAAUGAUGCCCUAUGCCGCGCAUCACAAUCUUCGACUCGUGCUCAUCAAUUGCAGGGACUACCCAGGUUCAACGCUGUACUCGGAGAGCGAGCUUGGGUCACUAUCGUCCACUGAUCCCGCGAUACAGUCAUCAGCACUUCAAGCCCGCGGACUCGAAUUCGCGGAGUUCAUUCGACGGUUCAUCGAGACGCAGCGCAUCCCGCCGAUCAUUGCAUCACGUAGCGGCGGCGGCGGCGGCCGGCGCAGUGGGGGAUUUACAUUGCUAGGAUGGUCGUCGGGCAACUGCCAAACCAUCCCGCUCCUAUCGUAUGCGGAUCUGGUACCGGAGGCCACGAGGAAGCUGUUGGAUGCGUAUUUUCGAUCGUUCGUCAUGUAUGACAUAUCGUUGCCAGCCACCGGCGAGGCCCCUGUACCGGGCGUGUGGGUACCUUUCCGCGACGACACGCUCAGUCCGGCGGAGAAGUUCAGCCAGUUUUCCGAGUGGGUGUCCUACUAUUUCACACCCACUGGUUUCGACGCUUCUCAGGAUAUCGACUCUCCCGGUAUAAAGGAGGCGCUGGGUGCGCGCAUCGCCUUACACACAGACGAGAAAUUGCGUAGCUCGCAGAGGACGCCGACUGUCCACCGGAUAGGUCCUGAGAAGAUCCGCGAAGUAUGCCACGUUGAGGUCAUGGCGCGAAGCCAGAAGUACUACCAGGUCAUAGACCCGGCCGUGUACCGAGAGAUUGUCCGCCGUGCGAUCCUCCAGGGCAGUGCAGACGGAGGAAUGAUCUGGCCGAACCUCAAAGUGGCCCUCGUAUGGUGCGACAUGACGAAUAGCGACGUCGUCAGUGCGGCCAUGAAGCUGAAGGCGCUCGUGAGGCAGAGCAGAGCGAAGGGCGAGGGCCGUGAUGUAGCGUUCCACAAACUGGAAAGGGCCAACCACUUCGCUCAUUGGGACGAGCCCGAGAGGUUCACCUCGCUCCUUGCAGAGGUCAUCUGA